UUCCCUUUGCUCUAAUCCCCUCCCUUUCUGAUCAGAGUCGCUGAUUCAGCAGGAUCCGGGCACCCGGCCCACAUAACGUGACUUAUACUCGGCUACUUUCCCUCAUGCCCCGCAUGGGACGUUACUCUGGAACAGCGCACAGCCAUGGCAGCUAUAGGGGUGCAGGCACAGAAGCCCCACCAUCACCAUCGCAACAUGUUCUUCGAGAUGUUCCUGCGGGUACUGAUCACAGUCAGUUCUGCCCUGGCCAUUAUCCUUUCCUCCAUUUCCGUGUGUGAUGGCCAGUGGAUCUCAACCCCAGAGGAGACAGUUUUCGGGGUUUGGGACACUUGCCAGAAAGGUUCCAUCCAAUGCAGUGAAGAAAUGGCCUGGCUAAGCCAACACAUGGUGCUGGUCCGUACCACUGUGUCUUUGGCGGUGGUGGUGGCCAUUUUUGGCCUACAGUUGCUGAUGGUCUCCCAGCUGUGUGAAGAUGGUCACUCCCAUAAGAAGUGGAACAUGGGAUCAGUCCUACUGGUCAUCUCCUUCUUCCUGUCCUCUACGGGCACCCUGACUUACAUCAUCCUACUGAAGGACUUUACUGGCCUUGGCUCCUUCACUCUACUCUUCUGGUGCCAGUUUGUGGGGGUAUUUCUGUUCUUCCUGAAUGGAAUCAGUGGCAUUUACCUCAGCCGCCUGACAGCAUGAGCCCUGGAACAGUGCCACGCUACUGCUCUGUAGUGGGGGCUAUGUAUAUCAUUGCUGUGGGACUGCUAUAUAGCAUUGCAGUGGGGGACCACAAUACAGCACUGUCAUGGUGCACCAUAAAACACUGUUGUGGGGGGCACUUUAGCACUGUGAUGGCAGCCACUAUAUCGAACUGCAAUAGGAGCCACAGCGAGGGCCUCCAAGUAGUAAUGCAGUGGCAGCCACAACCUAACACUGCAGUGCGGGCCACAAUGUAGCAUUGCUAUGGAAUCACUAUAUAGCAGGGGUGCCCAAAAGGUAGAUUGGGAUCGAACAAUAGACCUUUAGCUGGUGAUCAGUAGAUCUCAAGUCACUGUCCACAAACAGCUUGUCUAAAUCACCCUCCUAUUUCAUGCUUUUCAUUCAAUUAUUACUUUAAGGUCACAUAAGAAAUAGUUGUUUGUUAGAUAUAGCAAUAUACAUUUUUCUCAUAAAUCAAUAUUUAGUAUCUUCAUAGUGCAGAAAGCAAACACCUUUUUAUGGAAGUAGAUCAUAAUGGGACAACAUCACUAAAAGUAGACCUGGCAUUAGUAAAGUAUGGGCAUUACUGCUAUAUAGCAAUGGUUCCAUAGCUGCUCAGCCUGCAAAAAUAGUGUCUGGAAUGAAUAAAAUAGUCAUUCUCUCCCUUUCCUGUGGUAAUCCGGAUACCCACCAGUGCUAGGGUCAUUAGGCCAGCCAUUGUAUGCAGAAUAGGAUUUUUGUGUAUGGUUUCUUACCUUUUUUAUGAGAGAGCGAUGUUAUGAGAGAGUCCGCUCUUGUGGCCAGUUACAUGCUAACUGGGUGAAUAAAAAUUGCUGUGAUUCUA